GCUCACACCGGAUGAUGUGCAGCCUCAGUCAGUCUCUGCAUACUCCUGACAUCACUUUGCGCUCCAGGAUAUUGUAACUGUAGAGAGAAGCAGCUUCACUGUAAUUGACGGUGAUGUAACAGGAGCUGAAAGAAAGACGAAGAAGAAGGGGGAAAAAAAAAAAAAAAACCGAUAAGAAUAAUCUGCUCUGAAUGGUUGCCUUUUUGCUCCGCAGAGCCUCCAGCAACAAACUGUGGUGGAUUGAAAAUGCACCAUUUAUGUGAGUGAGAGAGGGAGGGAUAGAGAGAGAGACAGAGAGAGAGAGAGAGAGAGAGAGAGAGAGAGAUCACCCAGUAAACACACACAGCUUUCUAUGGCAGAGCCUGUUCCGCUUCAUCAUCAUGCUGUGACCAGUUGCGCGCAAGAAAGAGUUCGACCACCAACCGGGUUUUGGAUCAGCUGUUUGUUGGAGUUUGCGCCGCAGUGAUGAUCCUGUAACUGGAGGAGAAACACACGGAGAGAGAGGAGGGGAAGAAAAAAAGAGAGACACCGGUUUUUUGUUGUUGUUGUCGCCUUGUCCGCUGGACUGACAUCGCAUGGGGACAUGAACAGUGUGGAUCCAGCCUCUAACAAACUGUUGACUUUCAAUCAGCGCUCUGCCUCGGAGGACUUGGGCUGCAGGCGUGGAGACUUCAGCAGGAAACACUAUGGUUCGGUGGAGCUGCUAAUUUCCAGUGACGCAGAUGGGGCCAUUCAGAGGGCAGGGCGCUUCAGGGUGGAGAAUGGAUCGUCAGAUGAGGCGUUGGACUACACGCCAGGAACCUGGAGGAGAACUGAUGUCCAUCUGGAGAAUCCAGAGUACCACACCAGAUGGUUCUUUAAAUAUUUUCUGGGAAAAGUCCACCAGAACUACGUGGGUACGGAUGCAGAGAAGAAUCCCUUCUACCUGUCAGUGGUCCUCUCCGACCAGAACAACCAGCGGGUUCCUCAGUACAGAGCCAUCCUCUGGAGAAAGACGGGAACUCUGAAGAUCAGCCUCCCCUACAGCCCCACCAAAACACUAUCAGUCAAGUCCAUCCUAAGUGCAAUGAACAUGGACAGGUUUGAGAAAGGCCCCAGGGAGAUCCUCAACCCGGAGAUUCAGAAGGAUCUUCUGGUGUUGGAGGAACAGGAGGGUUCAGUCAACUUUAAAUUUGGCGUCCUGUUUGCCAAAGACGGACAGCUCACAGAUGACGAGAUGUUUAGCAAUGAGACGGGGAGCGAGAGCUUCGAUAAGUUUCUCACUCUGCUGGGUGAUUCCGUUACGCUGCAGGGAUGGGCCGGUUACCGCGGAGGGCUAGACACCAAGAAUGACACUACAGGAAUUAACUCCAUCUACACAGUGUAUCAGGGCCAUGAGCUCAUGUUCCAUGUGUCCACCAUGUUGCCCUACUCUAAAGAGAACAAACAGCAGGUGGAGAGAAAGAGACACAUUGGAAAUGACAUUGUUACCAUAGUAUUCCAGGAAGGGGAUGACGCAUCGUCGUCCUUCAAACCGUCUAUGAUCCGAUCGCACUUCACCCAUAUUUUUGCUUUAGUUAGGUAUAAUAGCCAGAAUGACAGUUACAGGUUGAAGAUAUUCUCAGAGGAGAGUGUUCCACUGUUUGGACCCCCUCUCCCAUCUCCGCCUGUAUUUACUGAUCACCAAGAAUUCAGGGACUUUUUAUUAGUCAAAUUAAUCAAUGGAGAGAAAGCCACACUGGAGACGCCAACGUUUGCCCAGAAGCGUCAGCGGACCCUUGAUAUGUUGAUCCGCUCGCUCUACCAAGACCUCAUGCCUGACCUGCACAAGGUUCCUUUUUCUCCCCAGAACAUGUUAAACCGGCGGUCCUUCAGCGACGUGCUGCCUGAGUCUCCAAAGUCGGCACGCAAGAAGGAGGAAGCACGGCAGGCUGAAUUUGUCAGAAUAGGGCAGGCUCUGAAGCUGAAGACCAUUGUGAGAGGAGAUGCUCCAACUAGCCUUGUUACCACCGGUCUGUGCAGAAAAGAGCCAUGGGAGUCCCAGUCGUUCUGCAGCACAUUCCCCUACGAGAUCGUAUGUGCCGACUCAUGGGGUCAGUCUCUGCUGGCUGCCACCGACGCGGCGGGGGUCAUGCUGCUGGAUGGUCCUGAUCCAGCCUUGCCCAACGCUGAGACGCAGGCUGUGCCCCCGGUGCAGGUGUUUGACAGAACCAUGGUGGUGAAGCAGGUGCACGUUCUCGAGCCUCAGGACCUGCUUAUCACCAGGGCUGACAAAGGGAAGGACGCUCGGCUCUAUGUGCACAGACUCAGCGGGCUCAAGAGAGGCCUGGAGGAGAAGCAGCUCGUCAGAAGCAAGUGUGACAGCCGGGAAAAUAAACUGGAGAAAACUAAAGGCUGUCAUUUGUACUCUAUCAACACCCACCACGGCUCAGAGCUGAGGAUAGUAGCAGCCAUCAGGAACAAACUCCUCCUCAUCACCAGGAAACAUCCACGUUUUGAAGGCUUCAGCGCUAUCGCCCCGGGAGCAGACUCUCCGGUGGAGGAGUUUCAGUACAUACGGGAGAUCUGUCUGUGUGACCCGCCGGUGGUGAUGGCGCUGGUGGACGGGCCGACGGGGGAAAAUGACAAUAUGAUCUGCGUGGCCUAUAAACAUCAGUUUGACCUGAUCAAUGAGAGCACUGGCGAUGCCUACCGGCUACAUCAUGUAGACGCCAACAGGGUAAAUUUUGUAGCAGCCAUUGAUGUGUAUGAAGACGGGGAGGCGGGUCUGCUGCUGUGUUACAACUAUAUUUGCUACUAUAAGAAAGUUUGUCCGUUCAACGGCUCCACACCGAUGAUCCAGUCCAACACCUCCGAUUUCAACUUCAGCUGGAACCAGAUGCCGAAUGCUAUUGUUUGUGCAUUUCCUUACAUCCUGGCCUUCACGACGGACUCCAUCGAGAUUCGACUGGUGGUCAAUGGCAACCUUGUGUACACAGCAGUGGUCCCAGAGCUACAGUUGGCUGCUUCACGGUCGGACAUCUAUUUUGUUUCCUCGGCUCCAGUGAGCUCAGCCUCCAACUGCAGUUCAAGAGACACCAGUUCCCAGAGUUCCCCGCAGACGCCCACCGGCUACGAGAUGCCCGUGUUCCCUUCGCCGCUCGGUGACGAUUCUAUACGGAUCCCCUAUGGUACCAAGCUUUCCCUGUACAUGUCUAAGGAUGCCGAAGGUGAAGCAGCAUGCAAGCACAUGUUCAAGAUCCCUCUGUGUAACUUGGUGGGCCGCAGCAUCGAAAGACCCCUCAAGUCCCCUCUGGUCAACAAGGUGCUGACGACGCCGGCCCCCGCCAUGGUGCCCUCGACGCCCCUCAUCUCCGCCACGCACUCGCUUUCCCUGUCCCGCAUGGAGAUUAAAGAGAUAGCCAGCCGUACACGGAAGGAGCUGCUCGGCUUGACGGAGGAACCAAGUGGGAAGUCAGACAGUGGAACAGUCAAACAGAGGAAGAUGAGCAAGAAGAACACAGAGGACGACCCCAAAGCACGAGCACUGACGUCAACAAACAGCGACAGGUUAGCCUCCGAGUCUGUUGAAGCAGACCUGGACGUCCAGCUGCAUUGUUCGUCCGGUUCGGAGGCCGAGCCAGAGAAGGUGGUGCUGCGUGCGGAGAGCCCGCCUCUCGCCAGCGCGUUCGCCCUCUCCACAUCCUUCGAAGAAGAUGUCCUGGACCUAAAGUGAAGACAAUCCCACCGUGCACUUCUCUGCCCACCCAUUCCCGUACUGUCACCAUUAUUUUAUUGUUUUUGGUUGGUUUGCUUUUAAUUUGUUGUUUGUUGGAAUUCCUUUUUUCUUGUUUUUGUUGUUGUUUCUAUCCCUGUAUCUUGGGUCUCCCCAUUCAUCGGACGAGAUGGGUGCAGUGGGAGUUAGAAGACGCGUCUGUGUGCGUUUGUUUUCGCGAGCGGUCCCUCAGCCACUGCGUGUUGGGUGUUUGUGUUGCCCCCGCAGCAAAUAACCCAAAGAGGCGGUGAGGUUGUGUAAGAUGCCGUGGUUUAUUCAGAGUUCUGCAACAGCCUUGAGAUAACGGUUUGAUCCCAAACCACAAACUGAAUGUAAAUCUGCGCACCGAGGCACGACAAAAAUCUCUUGCGUUCACAAUGCCCUCUGAAGUUGCUAGAGCUUAAUAUGUGUUGUAUAUUAUGUGAUUAUUUCUGAUCCACUUUCAAAUGUUGUAUGAUAUGCAUAUGUAUGUGUACAUCUGUUUAUACAUGGAAAUGCAUACACGGCGACAGGCAUGUAUGCCUGUGAUGCAUAUUUAUAGAUAUAUUAUAAAAAUCCAUUUUAUUCCCAUAUUUAGUAAAAGUAUGAUGUUUUAUGCUCUCUGCACAUAUUAGUCCUUAUUCCUCUCCUCAUUCACAGUAUACAGGUAGACAGGGCUGGAGGCAAAGUCUCCCACAAGUGCCAUUUCCCAGCAUUCUCCACUGAACUACACCUCUAACAGCCACCGUAUUCCGGUGUCUGACAGUAGCAGCCAUGAUUGUAGUCCUCAUUAGAUUACUAUGGUGUCUCACAACUCCAUCAGUUUGGAUAAAUUCACUGACUGGAGGCACACUCUCAAAGUCACAUGCACUCAACAUUUUACCCCACAAGAAUGAGACAUACUUCAGUCUGCAUGUCCUGCCUUUGGUACAUGUGUUGUGACUUCUGCGCAUAAAUAAUCGCUUUCUUUGGAAACCAUGAGGUCUGCGACGUCAUACCAAACAUAGCAGCAUAAACUAAACCACAACCUGAGAAGUGUGGAUGUUUUACUAGACUGGCAUGUGUGAUGGCCCGAGGUACAAUGGUACAGCAAAGGAAUUAUAAACAGAACUACAAAUUAUACACAAUAACUAAAGUUAAAGGUGCUAUUGAUAACAUUCAGACACUAUAUGCCAUAUUCUCCCUCUCCCAUUCAUUGCAUUUACUUCAAAACAAGUGGUUGCCAGUUCAAUGUAUAACCUACAUAUGUUAUGGUUAAGUGGAGUGAGACGCAGACAGACAGUCAUGUCAAGUGAUGACUCUUUCGUGGUAGAGUAAAAGUCGAACAAGUCAAUCGCCGAUGACAAAGAGAUACCACGUGAUACCAACACUGUUAUAAUAUUCGCUCACAAGCCUUGUUAAAAGUGAGAACCAAAUGUCAGCUAUCUUCCACGCAUAUAAACAAAACAUACAUUUUUUUUGAGGAAAAUGCUAUACUUUCAUUCGGAACCUUUUUAAAAGCUCUGUGGAUGUAUUAUUAUUUUUUAAAUGAUUCGUCUACAGAAAAGAUGUUAUCAAGAUAACCUUUAAAAUAAAGUUUAUUGUCAUAAACUGAAAUGAUAAAAGCAGAAUUUGAUCAAAACGUAAAAAGCUAAAACUAUCUUGACUACUAAUCACACUAAAAUAAAGUAUUUUUCUGUAUGUGGAAAAUGCAGAAAGGUAAUGCAUUUUGAAGUGCUCCCAAUUAUUGGAACAAUGUAACAUAUAUAAAACAUAUAUAUAUUGCUUAUAUUGCACAAUAAUCCAUUUCAAAUACACAACAGAAAACAUACUGAAUCUAGAUAGUUGUACCUUUGUGGAAUUGCUGCCUUCACCUGACUAAAGUUAAUACCAAGAGUAAAAUAACUGUCCAUGAAAACUAACUAAAACUAGCAUUUAGGGAUUCCGUACCGAGCGAAAAAGUCCUGCUGGUUUUCAUUUCAGAUGUCUAGUAAGACUCUGAUUUACAGCCGGGGCACCUGGUGCAAGGGUGCAGCUAUGAAUUAUAGGCCAAUUUACGGGACACCGGUGACACUCCAAUUUCCUUUUAUUCCCAUAGCAUCCCAUGUGUUUAUUGAAAAACGGCUACACAUGUCUUAGUAGUUUAAUUUACCGAUCAAUUAACUUACAGGUUUUUGACAGCAGUUCUUGGCACUGAUAACCAAAUGUGAACUGGCUGUCCUUCAUUCAAAAUCUGUCUAGGAAGGACAACUUUUACUCUGAACAAGGAACGUUUUAUUCCCACUUGUUCCAGUUUGUCCCUGACAUCCUGACUUUUGUGAUUAUUAUGUAAAUUUGAAACCAAUCCUGUAAUAGGGUGAACUCAAAGGGGUGCACCAGCAAUUUAUUGCAUUUCCAUAAAGUUGGAAGACUCAGAAGAGAUAUGUCUGAAGCAGAAAGUUCCGUCCAGAAAACUACUUUUUUGACAGUAGUCAGAAGUAUUCUUCCUCGUUUUUGACACCUCACUACUUCAACACCAUUCAACGCAGAAACUUUGUUCGAACUUCAAAAUGUUCAGCUCAUUGAGGACAUUUUCAGAAUUACUUUUAAUGUUUUUAUUUUUUCAUUUAUUCCAAAAUAUUUUGAUUUUUUUGUAAGGUAAUUUCCCCCACACUACACUAUUUUUUCACCAAAACAAAGGGAAGUUGGUCCUUUUUCAAAUAAUCAAACUAUCUAAGGCUGUGGACACACCAAGUCGACAUCAAAGAAUUGGCGGCGACAAAGUCUUGUCUU